GUACGACGGCUCAAAUAUCCACCAUUUUAAUUUUAAACCCGAUUUGCGCCAACUUCAUAUUCUUGACAGGCUCUAUUAAAUAUCUAUGAAAAAAAUAUUUGCUGUGUUCAAAUAAAAUCCUACGAACAGUGCCAAAAAAAUAUACGUAUUUAAAAAUUACUUUGCUUGAAUCUGAUUUCAACUCGGGCUCAUCAUGGAGAAACGUACCAUUGAGCUGAAUAACUUAACUGAUUCCCUGGGGGUCUUGAAUUUGGAUGGCUUAAGAGCUUUUGGCGAGACGUCUAAUUCCUCAAUUACAAACAGCAAGCCUGUCAAUGUGCGUUUGAAUAAAGAGCGAAUGAGAGCGUUAGAAACUUUGGAAAAAGCUAAUAAGACAAUGAAAUCGGAUGUGAAUAAAAUAAUACAACAAAGUUUUGUUAAAAAGGAUUUUAAAGAUCCAGAACCCAUAACAACAUCCACAAACAGUUCAUCAAAAUUUAAUCGCACCGAGUAUGUACCCUAUCGGAGACCUGAUUCUAUUAAUAUUUCGGAGUUGGUAAUGGAUGAGAGUAUAAAUUUAGAUUUUAAAAGUACGCUUUCAACAACCAACAAUACAAAAGUUUCAUUUGAACCUUCCGAAAUAACGGGACGUUCUACACACUACAAAGACCGUAAAUCACAAAAGAAUCCGAAAAAUAGUAUUGCAUCCACAUCUAGCCGCCUAUCCGUGGGCGAUAUUCUUGCUGCCUCGUUUGCGCCUAAAGCUCGAAAUCUUGGUGAGAUAUUGGGAGAACGUGCGUCUGUAUCAAGUACAACUUUAGGGAGCCUAAAUAAUUCGAGAAGUUUACUUCGUACAGCAGACUUGUCUCUGAAUUCCUCAGAAGCUACGUUUGGUAAAUGUGCCGGUGUCGGAGGGCAAUUCUCAUUUAACGUCACAAAUGGAUCCACAGUCAAUGCAGAGGAGUUUGAACCAGCUGAGAAUAUGCAGUCCAAACUGCUGAUGGAUGAAAUAGCUUGGGCACAAGAAUUUGCCACAAUACCCACUUCUGAGGUGAAUAAAAAUGGCAAAGAAAAGAUAGUAGAUGCAAAGGAUUUUGAUUUGCAAUCAAACCCAAACAGCUCACUAUUUUGUCGGGAUCCUAAUUUUUCAAUGGGUCGAUUUUUUAAUCAGCGCUCCGAGGAUUUGCAAAAUAUUGUGAAGUCAUUAAGUCCAGAGCGUAUGCGGCCACCGAUAGCAUUGGUAGAUGAAACUCAAAGCACACUUAGUUUAAGCACACCUUCAGGUGACACAAAAGUAACUGAAUCUACAAACGACGUCGAUCGCACUCCACAGAUAGAUAACAGAACUUACAGCAAAGCUCCGAAAACGACUCACAGUACAAUAGGGGACUUUGAAAAAAUUACUCGCGAUGAACAUGCGAGUAAAGACUCGGGGAAUGGCACCAAAGAAGAUGAUGAAUCCUAUUUAUUCUCUCUAUCCCACAUCAAAAAGGCAUUUAUAAAAAGUACCGAUAAUGACAUCUCAUCCACUGAUCUUAUUGAUCUGUUGAAAAAACCAAAACGCCCUAAAUCACCCCAAAAUCGCGAGCAAAUUGAAUUAAAGCGAAAUUGUAAGACAUCGCCAACUCGAACAAUUGAGGCGCCAGUGAAGGGUGCGCAAAAAAAAUCUACGAGAAAUUCUACCGUAAGAAGUUCUAUAGAGCAAUACACAAACAGUUUGAACACUCUCGAAGAAUUGUUAUCGGAGAACAAGGAGAAUUUGGAUCCACAAAAAAUGCGUGGAUCUGAAUCACAAGCUGAUACUAUAAGCUUUACAGAGUCGCUGCUGGAUGCCAGCGAUUUAAAGGAAAUGCAACGAAGCAUAAAUCAGCCGCGUUCACCACUUAGUCCAUUGAACAUACCAACGGUUAGACUGUCACCAGAUCAAAUCGAAAACGAAGUGGAUUUACAACUAAAAUCUCCUAAAAUAUAUCUUAAAACACCAGAGAGAUUCAAUGGCAAUUCUAACAAGCUAACCAAUGACUCAGUUUCUCCGAAUAGUCGAACGACGAACACUAAACCCAAGAAACCAACAGUUCUCACACAAAACGGAAAAUCACCAUCGGCGGUGAGUCCACCACUGACUUCAAAACAGAAACCUCUUAGCUCUACAAGGUUAGAUGAACAAAAAAGCGAAUGUGACUUCGUAGCUAUCUCUCCGAAUCUUUCCAAAUCGAUGACAUCGUCAAAGAGUAUUUCCGCUGAACGCACAUUAAUGGCUAACGGAAGCCCCUAUAACGGUUUGAACUCUGUACCGCCCUCACCACCACGCAGCUAUAUGUCGUCACAACCGUCGUCACCUGCUGCAGGGAAUCGUGGUGGUUGUGAAAAUUGUUCCCCUCAACUGCGGGUUAAACCUCCAACUACCGCAACAGCUAGAAUCCAUCGCACCACUUCAUCCCCAUCUGUGAGUGAGGCCAGCACUAAAAGUGUUGCACCGAUGCGCACUGCUAGCACGCACUACUUGAGAAGUGGUAGCGGCAAUGGAGGUGCUGUGCGCAGUGUCUCUCGAUGCUCAAGUAGCAGCGAAUUCAGCCAUCGUGAUGGCAACGCCAUUCCAUUGAAGGUAACCGCUGUGGAGUUGUCUUGGGGGAGUACACGUCUGAGAAAUGCCGCACAUAAGACAAUGCAAAUAAAGAAUACGGCCAGCAAGAAGCUUACGUUACGCAUCGAUGUUCACGGUCCCGGUUAUCAGUUGAUCAAUAUGCCAGGUAAUAAUUCGCUAACACUGCAGUCGCAGGAGUGUCGUACUAUUGCGGUGAGUUUCUGUCCAACCGUCAUCGGUGCUGCCAUAGGGAAACUCUCAUUUUAUGCGCCACAAAACACCUCGGUUGCCCAUAAUAGUGCCUCUACAGCUAGCAUGUCUUCGUUUUUGGAUAUUCCCCUCUACGGUUAUGGUGGUCAUUGCAGUGUAGUGGCACAAGAAGUACACAUAGCCCCCGUGGGUAUGGCCUUUCUGCAAAUGGGCUAUCUGCACGAGCUCUCGCAACCAAUACAACGCACAAUACGCGUCUACAAUAAAGGUCCACUUUUAGGCUUCGCAUUGGCUUCUAUUGAUUCAGUUGGCCUGCGUCUACCACGCUUGUGUACCGCUUUUGAAAUACAACCCACUGCCAUGCUCAUACCGCCUGGUUCCUCAGCAACACUGCGUGUUGUGUUCCGACCACAGCGUGAAGACGUGAGAAAAAUUACGCGCCAAACCAAGUCCGUCUUGACACUAGCCAAUUUACGUUUAAUAUCCGGCGAUGAAGCGAACAGGCAACGCAUGCGCCAAUUGGUUGCACGCAUGUCACCCGAAGAGCGGGCCAACCUAAGCUCAUCUAAAUCUCUGGAAGCAUUGUGGGAAAAGCUACCCGGCGAGAAGGACAUGGAAGAGCUGCACAUGUUCAAAGAAUCGCCGACUCUAACAUUCGAUCUGUUGACAAACAUGCGCAUACAUGAAGUGGCACUCACCAUUAACGAUGAUUAUUUGGACGAGACCAUAAAGUCGACCUCUUCGUUCUAUUUCCCCGACGAGGAUGAAACCGUAUUGUUUCGCACCGUGUGCAGUCCAUCGCCCAGCAACAAUGCGGAUGGUUCGCCACAUGUUUUAGAUCGUGUCGAUGAACUCACUGAGGAGGAGGUGGAGCAAGCAGCCAACAGUAAUUAUUCAUCUGGACGCGGCGAGGCUUGUUGCUGGUCGGUUUUGCCCAGCUCAUUGACUUUUCAUUUGCGCGGCGAAAAGAAUACAAUGUGCUCUUCGAUUUUCAUCUGCAAUUCCUUUAAAUCUCGACAAUAUUUUGAAGUGAGCACCAAUCGGAAAAAUCUAUUGCAACUUAAGCCGUCAGAGGGUUAUGUUGAGCCCGAUGGUGGACAUUUGGAGGUGGAGGUGAAACUACGUGUUGACAAACUGAAUGCCGACAAUAGGCAGGAACCCAUAUAUAUAACGGUUUCUAUGGAAAAUGAACACAUAACAGUGCCAGUGAAAUUGAGCCGAGAGACGAGCCCGCAAGAGCAUGCCUGAUGUGAAUACAUGUGUAUACAUUUCAAUUUGAAAACUUCACGCUUCUGCAGCAUUUUGUUAAUGUUAUGAUAUUAUUUUUACCGUUAUUCGUUUAUAUGUAUAUCCAUAUUUAAUGCAUACAGCCUUCUAUUUUAUACCGUUAUUAUUUUAUGCAUGCAUUUUAUAUUUUUUCACAAUUGUCGCUGCAACUUCCGAUAUUUAUUAAUAAAUGUGUACGAAAUAUUUUCUUCCAAAAAUA